AUGCUCUAUGGCACAGUCUCUAGCAGAACUCAGGCAGAUUCUCUCACACAGCUGCAAAAUACCAUGAACACACUUGCAGAUCAGUUUUUUAAUGCCAUUGGAGUGUUGCAGCAGUGUGGUCCCCCUGCCUCUUUUAGUAAUAUUCAGAUAGUAAUUAACAAAGGUCAGCCAGCUAAUCCUACAGAAGAGUAUCCCCAGCUUUUUGCAGCACUGAUUGCACAAACAACAAAAGACAUUGAUAUUUUGAUAGACUCCUUACCCAGGGAGGAAUCUAUAGAUGCAUUUCAGCCUGCUAAUUUGUAUAAGGAAGAAGAAAAUAAUAAAGCUGCUACAUGUCUAGAGGAUGUUGUUUAUAGAGGGGAUAUGCUUCUGGAAAAGAUACAAAGUGUACUUGUGGACUUUGUGCAAUCACAGCUGAAAACAAGAGGUGCUACCCAUACCCAGUCUCUUCCAGACUCAUAGUACCAUUGAAUACAAUGUGGCUGAGAAAACAACUAUUUCAGUUCAACUAAGACUUUUGCAUCCGAUUGAGAUGUAAGCCUUAACAAUAUUAUGCAAGCCUUACAGAAACAUUAAACACUAUGUGUAUCUUUUUAGCUAUUUUUAAUAGUGUUCUGUUUUCACUCUCGAUAAUAAGCUUGUAAAAUUGUGAUUGGACCAGUUUUAAAUCAUCAUUAUACCAUCAUUAAAAAAAUAGUAUCUAAAUGAAAUUAUUGAGGAAGAUAUUGCAUUCAUGGUCAUAAUACAAUCAAACAGAGUACUACUAAAAAAUUAUA